GGAGAGCCUGUUAGCAUCUGGAGGUUCAGGGUUGGCUACUGUCUGGGUCUCAGCAGACCACAUCACAGGCUCCAUGUUUAUCUAGUGAUUCAUAGAAUUAUUGAUUUAUUGGACUGGGACAGGGAUUGGACCAUCCCGGAGGUGACAGGCCAUCAUGCCUCGGAUAGACGUGGAUGUGAAGCUGGACUUUAAAGAUGUCCUGUUCAGACCCAAGAGAAGCAGCCUGAAGAGCAGGUCAGAGGUGGACCUACGGAGGACGUUCACGUUCCGUAAUUCCAAACAGAGUUACCAUGGCAUCCCCAUCAUCGCUGCCAACAUGGACACCACGGGCACCUUUGAGAUGGCACAGGUCCUCAGCAAGCAAACUCUCUUCACCGCCGUGCAGAAGCACUACACUGUGGAGGAGUGGAAGGAUUUUGCAGCCAAGUUUCCAGAAUGUUUGGAGCACGUAGCGGUCAGUUCAGGCAGCGGUCAAGCCGACCUGGAGAAGCUGUGCAGCGUCCUGGAGGCCGUCUCUGACAUCAGAUUCGUCUGUCUGGACGUGGCCAACGGCUACUCUGAACACUUUGUGGAGUUUGUCAAAACCGUCAGGGGGAGGUUUCCUCAACACACUAUCAUGGCUGGCAACGUGGUGACAGGAGAGAUGGUGGAGGAGCUGAUCCUGGCAGGAGCUGACAUCAUUAAAGUGGGUAUUGGGCCAGGUUCUGUGUGUACGACGCGCAUUAAGACGGGAGUGGGAUACCCCCAGCUCAGUGCUGUCAUAGAGUGUGCAGACUCCGCCCACGGCCUGAAGGCUCACAUCAUCUCAGAUGGCGGAUGCAGCUGUCCUGGGGAUGUGGCUAAGGCAUUUGGCGCUGGAGCUGAUUUUGUGAUGCUGGGGGGCAUGCUGGCUGGCCACGACCAGUGUGCCGGGGAGGUCAUUGAGAAGAAUGGCAGAAAGGUCCAGCUGUUCUAUGGGAUGAGCUCUGACACGGCCAUGAAGAAACAUGUAGGGGGAGUGGCAGAGUACAGAGCAUCAGAGGGCAGGACGGUGGAGGUACCGUACAGGGGGGAUGUAGAGGCCACCAUCAGGGACAUUCUGGGUGGUCUGCGCUCCACCUGCACCUACGUAGGAGCUGCCAAACUGAAGGAGCUCAGUCGCAGGACCACCUUUAUCAGAGUCACACAGCAGGCCAGCCACAUGUUCACAUAGUAGUAAAUGGAUGGACGGAUGGACAACAUAAUCUUUCUUGUUUCAAUUGUGCUGAUUUAACUUCAAAUGUAAAAGUGUGAAUCUACAACAAUAUUUACGUGAAUGCAUGCGUUUUUUUUGUUGCCUGUACACAGUAAACAGAAAGAGGAGAAACAGAAUGAAAUACCAACCUGGACUCAGGGGUAGACGUAACAUAGUAAACUUAUAUCCGUGACACUCCAAAUAGUAUGAUGUGUAACGUUUGGCAUGCUAUUCAUUUGUGGAUGUCCAUCUUCCAUUUCGUACAAUAUGUUGCGAAUUAGCAAAACGUAUGAUAUGUUAUGAAUUCUAAUUUGUUGAGGCUAAAGUUAUCUAGGUGGCUAACGUUAAUGUUAGCCAGGUUAGGGGUUAAGGUUAGGAGUUAGGUUAAGGUUAGGGGAAGGGUUAGCUAACAUGCUAAGUAGUUACAAAGUUACAAAAAAUUGGUAAGUAGUUCCAAAGUUGCUAAUUAGAUCAAAUUCUAAAAUUGUCUGUGAUGUUAUUCAUACACACAGCCUUUGGGUUGCUUGAUGUUCAUGUUUUACACCUACCCAACCUGACCAACCACUCUACUUUUGUUUUUUGUCUUAAGUAACCUUCUGUCUUAUGUAACCAUACCAAAUGUAACAUAUUAUAAUAAAUUGAGUGUUUCGAAAUCUGGAUUUACAUUUACUAUGUUACGUGUAGUAUAUGACACCAGGCUGGAAAAACAGUACUAGAGUAUGUUACGUGUAGUCUAUGAGGCCAGGCUGGAAAAACAGAGUGCUAGAGUAUGUUACGUGUAGUCUAUGAGACCAGGCUGGAAAAACAGAGUGCUAGAGUAUGUUACGUGUAGUCUAUGAGACCAGGCUGGAAAAACAGAGUGCUAGAGUAUGUUACGUGUAGUCUAUGAGACCAGGCUGGAAAAACAGAGUGCUAGAGUAUGUUACGUGUAGUCUAUGAGACCAGGCUGGAAAAACAGAGUGCUAGAGUAUGUUACGUGUAGUCUAUGAGACCAGGCUGGAAAAACAGAGUGCUAGAGUAUGUUACGUGUAGUCUAUGAGACCAGGCUGGAAAAACAGAGUGCUAGAGUAUGUUACGUGUAGUCUAUGAGACCAGGCUGGAAAAACAGAGUGCUAGAGUAUGUUACGUGUAGUCUAUGAGACCAGGCUGGAAAAACAGAGUGCUAGAGUAUGUUACGUGUAGUCUAUGAGACCAGGCUGGAAAAACAGAGUGCUAGAGUAUGUUACGUGUAGUCUAUGAGACCAGGCUGGAAAAACAGAGUGCUAGAGUAUGUUACGUGUAGUCUAUGAGACCAGGCUGGAAAAACAGAGUGCUAGAGUAUGUUACGUGUAGUCUAUGAGACCAGGCUGGAAAAACAGAGUGCUAGAGUAUGUUACGUGUAGUCUAUGAGACCAGGCUGGAAAAACAGAGUGCUAGAGUAUGUUACGUGUAGUCUAUGAGACCAGGCUGGAAAAACAGAGUGCUAGAGUAUGUUACGUGUAGUCUAUGAGACCAGGCUGGAAAAACAGAGUGCUAGAGUAUGUUACGUGUAGUCUAUGAGACCAGGCUGGAAAAACAGAGUGCUAGAGUAUGUUACGUGUAGUCUAUGAGACCAGGCUGGAAAAACAGAGUGCUAGAGUAUGUUACGUGUAGUCUAUGAGACCAGGCUGGAAAAACAGAGUGCUAGAGUAUGUUACGUGUAGUCUAUGAGACCAGGCUGGAAAAACAGAGUGCUAGAGUAUGUUACGUGUAGUCUAUGAGACCAGGCUGGAAAAACAGAGUGCUAGAGUAUGUUACGUGUAGUCUAUGAGACCAGGCUGGAAAUACAGAGUGCUAGAGUAUGUUACGUGUAGUCUAUGAGACCAGGCUGGAAAAACAGAGUGCUAGAGUAUGUUACGUGUAGUCUAUGAGACCAGGCUGGAAAAACAGAGUGCUAGAGUAUGUUACGUGUAGUCUAUGAGACCAGGCUGGAAAAACAGAGUGCUAGAGUAAGCAGCUGCUCUGUUGCUCCUCUUGAAAGACGAAUGACAGAAUUUCAGUUGACUCUGUUAUUUAUUAUUCUGAGUAUACAGAGACAGUACAUUUGUUCACGUUC